AUGGCACGCGGAACACCCGGAUAUCCAACUGCUAGUCUCUCCUUUGCGGGGCAUCGAAAGGAGAUUCUGGAGGAUCUGGUUAGUAGAGAUGAGAGUUUGGUGCUCUACGAUUCCAAAUUAUGUCGUGUGUGGCUCCCUCGAGGAGAAGGACAGCUCUCUCAAGCUAAAUCGUACAUGGAUCCCAAAAAGACCCUCAUCUGCAGCUUCUGGGAUUCGAGGGGAAUGCUGUGUGCGAACUACUCUCGUAAGGACACACGGACACCGAUGUCAUUUGUGCCACUCGGCUGUAGAGACUCACGAAAGAAAAGCGGGCGGGAUGAGGAAUGCUGCAGUACGAGCUGCUCUCUAAAGGACACACGACCACGACUUUCAUCUGCACCACUCAGCUCCAGAAUUCGCAGAGCCAGUUCAAGAAAAGCGGCCAAAGUGAGUUCCGGUACCUUAAAGAAGUAUCUUAAUGAUAACACGAGGUCCCAUAUAGCUAAGGAGACGCAUCAAAAGAUCGAAGAGCUGCGGUAA